CGCCCGCCAGCAGCGUUCUCCGUCGGGGACGGGGCGUAUUAACAUGCAAAAGUUUAGAAACACGGAUUCCUUGUCCUGAACAGGCACGGGAGCGACGUUCGGCGAAACCCGAGACGGCUGUGGAAACCAUGGGUCAUGUCGGGCUUUCGCAAUAGCUAGUUAUUUACGUUAUUUAGUGCUUCAAAUGUGCGAAAAGUCGCUCGGUGUGUCCUCGUCGUUGAACAAGAUGGCAGCAGCAGGAGCAGCACCGUUGCAGGAAUCGACUGUGGUGCGGGUCCUCGUUGCUAGCCUGUUCUUUCACACCCUGGGUGAUACGAUUUACUGGUUUUGCUGAAGGUAUGGCCUCACAAGUCUUGGUCUACCCAUCACAGAUGCACUCAGCUCAAACAAGUGCCUUAGGAACCAGCAGCAGCGGUACCAGCAGACACACAGGUGAAGCCCACCGCAUUAAUAACACCAGCAGAGCCUUUCAGCACCGACCACCACCCAAAACCUAUGUGAUCGGCGUCAACUACGGUAUUGCAUAUCCCAACAACGUUAUCCCCUCCUCAGCCGGGGCUGAUUCAGGGACACUGCACGCAGGAAUACAGCUUGGAGAAGGGGGGCUGUGGGCGUUGCAGGCUGCAGGAAUACAGAGAGAAGAGAGCCUAGGAGAAGGUCCAGCUCUGAUCCAGGAUCAGCAGUCUGUUUGUCAUAACAGAGGCCAACAGGAAGUGAGGCUUCAUAGGGACAGUGGUGGUACUCCAACAGGAGUAGGCCUGGACUGUGGGCUGCUGAGUAGGGCCUGUUACAGAGCGCAAGAAGACAGGGCUAGAAACAGAAGAGUACAGAGGCCAGGAUACACCAAACUUUUAGACACAGGUGCCAUUCAGAGAUGUGAACAGAAGAUCGGUGAAAGUGGAGAACAACUGCGGGGAAACAACUGUGUCGGAACCAUGCAGAUAGUUGAGGAGGUAUCUGCUCUACCUUCACUUCCUCCUCCCGUGGCCAUGUUGCAAACCAGCACUGGGAACAAUGCAGACACCGUCAGAGUAGGGGGUGGAGGGAUACUGCCCGCUCAACACAACAGGGUCGAAGGUGUGACAGGCAUUGGAAUCAGGGUGGACGGGACUGAAAUCAGGCCAAAUGGCAGUAAUGAGGCAGUGGCAGGAGCUACGGUGACUAGAGCUGGAUCAGGAGAUGGAGACUACCAGUUGGUACAGCACGAGGUUCUGUGUUCCCAGAAGAACAGCUACGAGGUUCUGGAAUUUCUGGGUCGUGGCACCUUUGGCCAGGUGGUAAAGUGCUGGAAGAGGGGAACAAAUGACGUGGUGGCUGUUAAAAUACUGAAGAAUCACCCAUCCUAUGCACGUCAGGGACAGAUUGAGGUUGAGAUCCUGGCACGGUUGAGCAGUGAGAAUGCCGAGGAGCACAAUGUGGUGCGUGCUUUGGAAUGCUUCCAGCACCGCAGCCACACCUGCCUGGUGUUUGAGAUGCUGGAGCAAAACCUCUAUGAUUUUCUUAAACAGAACAAGUUCAGCCCACUGCCACUCAAAAUCAUCAGGCCUAUCCUGCAGCAGGUGGCAACAGCCCUAAAGAAGCUGAAGUCUUUGGGUCUGAUCCAUGCUGACCUGAAGCCAGAGAACAUCAUGCUGGUAGACCCCUCCAGGCAGCCCUACAGAGUCAAAGUCAUUGACUUUGGCUCGGCCAGCCACGUCUCCAAGGCUGUCUGCUCCACUUACCUGCAGUCCAGAUACUACAGGGCUCCAGAGAUUAUUUUGGGCCUGCCAUUUUGCGAGGCCAUAGACAUGUGGUCGCUGGGAUGUGUGAUAGCUGAGCUCUUCUUGGGUUGGCCUCUCUACCCUGGAGCACUGGAGUACGACCAGAUCCGGUACAUCUCUCAGACUCAAGGCCUGCCUCCUGAGCAGCUGCUCAACAAGGGGACCAAGACCUCUCGCUUCUUCUCCAAAGAGUCUGAUUCUCCCUACGCAUCGUGGAGACUAAAAACAACAGAGGAGCAUGAGAAAGAGACGGGACUUAAAUCCAAAGAGGCCAGAAAGUACAUCUUCAGCUGUCUGGAUGACAUAGCACACGUGAACUUGGUGCUGAGUCCUGAUAACAGUGACAUGCAAGCAGAGAAGGCAGACAGGCGGGAGUUUGUGUCUCUGCUUAGGAGCAUGCUGUUGAUCGAUGCUGAGGAUAGGACCGUUCCCACCAGCGUCCUCAGUCACCCCUUCCUCACUAUGACUCAUCUACUAGACUACCCCCACAGCAACCAUGUGCAGUCAUCUUUCCGCAUCAUGGACAUGUGCCACAGUCGGUCCAGCAAUGCAGUUUUUGACGCUCUCAACCAGAACACCAUUCAUUUCUCCAGACCUCCUCUAGCCCCCGCCGCCUCCUCUGGCCUUCCUCUGGCCUACAGCAACAUACCGAUCCACACUCAGGCUAUUACCCAGUCAGCUCCAUCAGUGUUGCAUCCAGGGAUAGCUCUAACAACCGGGAAUGGUCAGUUUGGGUGCAGCGACUCAUUCCCGCCUGCCCUUCUUCUUUGUCCUCCAACCAUGCAAGGUAACCUUAACCAGCCAGCAGGGUAUUCUGUACCCAUGGCAACUCAGGCGCCCCCCAUACAACCCCUACCUGUGAGGCCUGGUGUAAUAGCUCAGCAGGCUUGGUCUAACCGGGGGCAGCAGCUCCUUGUCCCAGCAGCCUGGCAGCAGAUGACUCCAGUGGGGCCUCCUCCCUCUCACCCACCUCCACCACCACCGCCCUCCCUAACCAGCGACACCACAGCUGGGCCUCCGAGGAUCAGCGAUUGGGGGAAAGUGCGUCCACACAACAGCCACUUCAAUGCAGUGAUGAAACAGCCUCUCCUGACUAAUCAGAUGCCAGCUCUCUCUGCCCAUCAGCCAAUCAACAUCGGCAUAGCUCACGUCGUGUGGCCACAGCCGACCAAUAAAAGGAACAGGCACAGUUACAACAGGAACCUGUCUCACUCCAGCAACAUUCACAUGCCUGCGUGUCGGACCCCCAAAAUGGCUGAUGCCGUUGAACAGGCAGCGGCAGGAAGGGAGCAGCCUCAAAGGGAGGUGCCAUUGGUGGAAACCAGGCAACCAGAAGUUCCAAACACAGAUGAGGAGGAUGAUGACGCAGAGGAGGAAGUGAGCUGCUUCAAAGAGGUGGCGACAAGCGGUAAUGGAGAGGCGGACCUGCCCAGGCAGCGUGAUGUGGGUGUUCUGAUGGCUGACAGCGAUGGGAGCCCCACUCCCAGUGUUAUCAGCAUUCGCAGUGAUCUGACAGAUGCAGAGGACGAAGGCAGGGAGGAGCAACCACUGAGGUGCCGUCUGAAUGAGUGCAAAGAGGAGUGUGAGUGUGAGGCUUGCGGCAACACCAGUUUGUCUAUGGAGAGAGUGUGCUCGCUCAGCAGCCCCGACAGCAGCCUCAGCACCAGUUCAUUUGCCUCCAACUCACUUCAGUCCAGCCCCUCUGUGUCACCGUGCAAGAGAGCCAACAGCAUGUCUGAGGAUGAUGGUCACGAGAGCGGUUGUGACACAGUGGAAGGCUCCCCCUCAUCGGACACGUCAACUUCCCCACGCGGCAACAGUACCUAUCGUUACCUUGACAACAGUAACCACAACAACCAUCCAUCUUUGGCCGCCGUGGUAGCGCCGCUGCCUUCCCCUACCGUGCAGGGCAGGGGUCCCCGUGGCAUCAGGACAAUGGUAGUUCCACCAAUGAGAGUGCAGAAUAACAACAUUCAGGGGUUAGAGGAGCGUGUGCAGAGAACCGUCUCAGAGUCCUGGUCCCGGUCCAAAGGGCGCUGCAACCUCGUAGGACAACAGAGCACUCCCUCCUCUGUCCCCCUCCUGCCCCGACAGCAAAAGGUGGCUGGGCAGCAGCAGCACCCUCUGGGUUUUGGACAGGUGCAGCCGUACGGUUCAAACCAGAGCAACAAAGAAUGGAACGGCAACUAUGGGCCCCUGCGGCCGCACGCCUACAUUCCCCCUACUGUCCACACGCACACCUUCAGCCCCACGCACACCUCAGCCGCCCCCCACACUCUGCUGUCCUACCCCCCCAGUGGCCCGCUCGCCGCCGCCCACCAUCCCCACCCCAUCCUGCCCUCUCGUCCACCUCCACCCCCUCUCCUCCAGCAUGGCUACGGUCUUUCCCACCCCCAAGGAGGCGCUAUAGUUCACCAGGUGACCCUGAGCAUCAGUGCCCACCCUCACCACCCUGCACACCCCGCUCCCCACCCUCACAGGCUCCUCCCCUCCCCAACCAUCCACCCGCACCACCAGUCCGGAUACGCCCACCACCCGCACCAGUUCAAGCCUCCCUUCCCUCCUCCACCGCCCCCUCCUCACCCAUACAUGGCCUCCCCAGUCACCUACACAGGCUUCCCUCUGAGCCCCACCAAGCUCAGCCACCACCCCCAGUUUUCUUAUAUCUGAGGAGCAGGGCGGGGCCACAGCAGUACCUUCUGGUCAGGAAGGGCCACGGGAAGUGGACAGGGGCAGCAACCUGGGCAGGCAGAGCUAGCAGCAGGGCACAAAAUGGACGCAUGUAAUGAAGAAGAUGGAAAACAAUGUAUCAUGGCGGACUGAGUAAGGAAAAAAAGUAACAGUGCUGAAGAUAAUGUCGACGUUUGGAGGACAGAGAAAUUCCCGGCCUCUAAUCGUAAUUCAGUGAUUAUGUUUUUAUUGUUGAACUUCAGCUCUGGAAGACUUCCUGCAAAAUCAGCUAACGGAGGAAACGACACCUUAAAACUGCAGCUUUAAACAGAGCGUAACAGGAGUGAAUGAAUUCAUGACAAUAAGGAAAAUUUAAUUAAGAAUGUGUCCUUUGCACGUUGCCUCCCAUCAUCGGUCGUUCAGAGUAUGAUCACAGCUGGAAGUCGGUAGUUGUUGUUGUUGGCGUCAGGCCGCUUGGCCUCCCUCCCCCUUUAGCGUUGUUGCCUUGUAGCAUGUGCAAGCCGAUCAGAUUGUGUUUAAGCCAUCCCAGCGUGUAUCAACCACAAUUGAUAGCCCGCCCUCCCCCUUUUGUUUGUUUCGGGCAGACUUUGCUGCUGCCCACUCUUAGUGCCUUAAAACGAGACGUUACUUCAGGAGCAUAUACGGUAGAUUGUACAUUUAAAUAGGCUUGCAGCAGACUUUAAAUAAGAUGGGCUUAUUGGAUACAUAUGAGGUUAAUCCUUGUUUUUAUGUUUUAAUAUGGGCAAAUGUUGGACUUCGUGUGCUUUCUAACUCAGAGUAUGGAUUUCUUUUAGCUAGAGGCUGCACACAUAGGGCUUUGACUGAAUGAGCUUUUUAUGUACAUAAAGAGUGAUUUGAUAUUUUGAUAAUCGUUUUCUAUUCACUAUAAUACUUAAUUCACAACAGUAUUGUCACUGUUUACUGUAACUGCAAUACAAUCUAGAUAGACUCUGGGUUGCUGUGUUUUUAUUAUUAUUUGGCAUUUAGGCUACACUUGCGUUAAUGCAUUUUAUGUUUUAGAUUUUGGGAGUGGCAUAGACUUAAAAAAAAAUAAUAAUUUGUAUGUUUUUACUCGCUUUUCAGUGUUUGAAAUAACCUAUCAACUUACAGUAUCAUUGCUGGGCUAUCGAGUAUUAGAGUUGUAAUCGUUUGAAAUAUUCACGUGAGGUGAAUCUUUUUUUUUUUUUGUCCAUGUAUUGAAGCCUGUCGUCAGUUUUGAUACAUUCCUGCAGGGUGGACGUAUAGCCUCGAUUUGUGUUUGUGUUUCUCGCCUUUCUUUUUCCCCACCAUGUAGUAGAGCUGUGUCUUUACCCGUCAUAUCAGCUGGUAUUUUACUCCAAUCAGCACCAAAGACUGUUUGUUUUUAAUCAUUUCUGAAGCGUGGUCGACGAUAUUUCUCUUUCACCUCCAGCAUACUUGUUGCAGUUUGUCAACAUUGGAAUAUAUUGUGAGAUCUCUAUUUUUGAGUGUUUCGGUUGAGGUUUUAUUAAUUUUUUUUUUUUGUCUGAGCUGUGUUUGGCAAAUUGUUUUUUGGAAUGUAUAGAUAAUAAGCUGCUAUGUACUGAUUAUCUGCCACUUUGUAGCUGUGAAUUUCGAGGAUUAAUCUCAUUCUAGCCUGCAUUCUUGCUCUUGUAUUGUAGUUCUGACAGUUAGAUACAAUAGAAGUGGGGUUUAUUUUGAUCCUAGAGUAUAUUGAAUGCUACUCUAUAUGCUAGUGCCUCUGUAUAUUGGCUUUGUUGUUUUUGAAGUGAUUGUAAACUGCUGUAAUGGAAGUUAUGAGUUUUCCUUUUUUUUUUCUUUUUUUUUUUAAAUUCAGUUGCUUUUUGGUGUGUGUGUGUGUGUGUGUGUGUGUGUUUUUUGUGCGUAUGUAUUUAGCAUCAGUAUUUCAAACGUAGGCUGGGUUCACUCGUUGAUUCUGUGUGCUGUUGACGUAUUAUCAUUUUUCUUAUUUGCGUUAUCGGACUGUAUUCGCAACUCUUUGUACUGUACAACUAGUGCCUUUCUUCAUACGAGUGGCUGACGGAUGACGUCUCGCGUCAGUAUCGGAGCAGUCACGUUUAUAGACUAGUUUCCUUCUAAGGGGAUCAGAUCCCGUUUUCACAAAAAAACAAAAACAAAAAAACCAAAACAACCCAAAGUUUGUUUGACUGAGAUUAUGUCUAAAAAUGAUCCCUCUUUUCACAGAAUCCUAAGAAAGUACAAGUCAGGGAAUGUUUCAUCGUGCUCGCCGUGUUGUGCAGUACUCCAAAACAGACUGUAGGGCCUGGAUAUACACAAAUGCAAAGCUUUACUCUCAAACAGUGAAUGUAUUUGUGGAACUCAACAUCUGUUUGUGGUUUCCAAAUGUUGUUGCGUUUCUGCUGGCUGCACAGUUUGUUUUUGUUUUUGUUUUUGUUUUUUUGUGACUGGGAUGUUGAUAUGCAGCUAUUACCAUAGGCAGACAUCAUGUGUUUCAGUCAGGGGUUCCUUCAAAAGGCUUUAUCUAUCAAAUAAUAUUCAGAAGUUUAUCUCCAAAGCUGUCCCACCCUGAUCUGCUUUUUGUAUUACAUCAUAAUGUUUUUUGCUAUGUUGCUUAAUUAAUGGGUGUAGCCUGUUUUUGUGUACUUGUCUCCUACGCUACCAUGUUGAUGAAUUUUUAAACAAUACAAGAUGGUGUGCAGUUUGGAUUGGAGUGCAACUGCGAGGUUCGUGUCACCGCGCCCGAGCACGUACUCCACUCCAAGGAAAAUCUGUUUUUGAUCUUGCGGUGUGGAACCUCUGUGUGUAUUGUUUUGUCAGCCACGCACAGGCGAUGAGAUGUACCAAACUCAGCGACAUCUCACGCCAUAACACCCCCCCCCCACCCCCAAAUUUGAGGCAAAUCUCAAAGGCACCAGAGGGGGGCGCACAGUCCAGGAUCCAAAAGCACUUGGUGCUCAGCAGCCUCAAGCAGGCCUGAGGACUGCCCAGACACCAAUAAAAACACAAGGGGAAGCUGAACUUUCUGUGACAGAGUUCCUCCUAUAGGCAUCGUCAUAAGUCCCUCUUAACAAAUAGCAAUAAUCCAGAAAUGGCUCCACUUUUAGCUUCUUUUAGACACUAACAUUUCGACCCCAGGCCUGCCUUUAUUGGCCCCCGGAGAAAAAGCUACCAAACAUCAUCUCAGUGUCUCAUUUGGACUGAAAAAUAAACUGAGUGAAAUUUUCCCUGGUGACAUUACAUUGACUUUGUACCACACCUGUGUAAUUAUCGGGUUAACAUUUGUUGUACUUGGACACAAUUAUGUAGACAUGAUUGCUAAAUUGAAACUGUUACUGUUCUAAAUAUGUGUAGAUUUGUGUGGCUUUGAUUUUAUUUUUUUUUAUUAUCUUAAAUGCUACACUAGUGUGACAUGUAGCAACUGCACUGUGCAAUAUACAUCAAUAUGAGGACUGGGGAAAUGAUAAUUGUUUGGAUGUAAUUAUGUGUGUCUUACCAGUUUGCAGUCGCCCCCCCCCCCCCCUCCUCUAGUUCUCAGUGAGUUUCAGUGUGACCAAGCCUUAUGUACUUUGUCACAAAAAGCGGGUUCCUUCUUGGUGACUCUUAUUGGUGAGUGUCAAAUUAUGAAAUGAUGGUGUACCAUGUCAAGAUUCACUUUGAAUUAAAAAAAAAUCUUUUGCUUCA